CAAGACGCCAUUCUGCCUGGUAUACAUUGACAUGAAGUGAGCAAUAGCUUGAAGUCGGUCCUUCGAUUCUUUGGUUCUGUCCCGCAGGCCGGAGUUUGGGAGCUUGGGCCUGAUUCUUUGUCGCUUGCCGGCAAGGUUUCAUGACUCGAAAAGCUGGAGCAGGAGCAUCGCUUUGCUUGUGAACUUUUGAUGCUUCGAUAGCAGUUCGCGCCUCUACCCUUCACUGCUUUCUAUGAUCUUGAGCAUGCCAUUCACUACGACAUAGUCACUCUUCCUUGCCUUGUGCUACAGUCUGAGGUCCCUUUCCUCAAUUGCCGUCCCUUGGUCUUGAAACUCAAGCUUUACAGCCUUUCCACAUCCCUAUACCACAAUGGCAACUCCUCGCAGGGAGCGAGCUGGCACAGCCAGUCCGGCGUCGCAAACACCGCGAAGCAAUGUUUACGUUCAAUCUAAGAGGAGCCACAAUUCGCCUUAUCGUCAUAGUCCUCGUCGCUCCGAGGUACUAGCAGAGGAAUUCGGCACGCUACACAUCAACGAAGAACGCGCCUGGAGACAGCAACAGGACGAAAGGGACGCCGAACAAGAACGACUUCACCAACAGGCUCUUGCGCAAGCGGCUGCGGAACAUGAACGUAUCCUCAGGAAUGCUAUCGAGACUGCCGAGAUUGAAGCCUUGAAGCUGGAACGAGAGCGCAAACAGAAAGAAGAGGAGGCACAUCGCGCGCUCGAGGCUGAGCGAUCCGCAAAGGCUGCGAGAGAAGCUGCUGAUAGGCAAAGGAGGAAGGACGAACUUGAACGACAAGAGCAGGAGCAAUUGAAGCGUGCUGCGGAGGAGAAAGAAUUGCAGGAAAGGCAGGCGCGCCUUGCGGAACAGAGACAGAAGGAUGAGGCAGACGCUUUGCGCAGGAAUCAAGAGAAGGAAGCAUCGGAUCGCAAGGCAAAGGAAGAAGCAGACGCUGCCGCUGCAGCUGCAGCUGCUGCCACAAAAGCAGCGGCCCAACCAGCACAAGCACCAGUCAACGGACAAUCACAAGCUCAGCCUCCCCAAGUUCAGCCUGCUCAGACUCUUGCUACCCAACCAAGCAUUGCCCCUACGACCCAGCCUGUAGCACAACCCUCGAUCCAGGCAGCCUCGACUACACCCUCCACAGCCACCACAACAGCAGCUGCUGCAUCACCACUCAAGUCCACACCCGCGCAAUUGGAAGCUCUGCACAAACAGUAUCUCACUAUUCACAAGCGUCUGAAGGAAGUGAGACGGAAUACUCUGCAACAAUGCAAGAAGAACCCUUCGUAUGGCAUCACAGACAUCGGAGACUAUCGUCGAAAGCUCAACAUGCUGAUGGGUCAAUUCACUGUCGACAAAGUCAGCAAUAGGGCAGUGGUCAAGAAGAUAUUAGAGCUUCUCGUAAAGCUUCGACAAUUUACUGAACCGAGUAUUGACAUUACUCCUCUGCUUGCCAUACCACCGGACAACGUGGAGAGACGAAUGCCGGCACCUUUUGUUUACCUACUCAACCUUGUUGCCAAAAACGCUCUCAAACAGUUUUGUAACGACAAUGUAGUGGUAGUCGAUGCUGUUGCGAUUCUCGUAGCUACGGUCUUCUCAAAAACCGAGUUCUUGUUCAACGACACGACUUCACUCCUCGAUAUUCUGCUUGCCAAAUAUCACAUGGUCUGCCCAGUGCUGUUCGGCAUAUACGGCGACGAGACAACUCGUCAGGGAAGGGCCAGAGUAGGGUGGCAACUUGUCGACGACAGCUACAUCGACGCCGAGCUUCACAAAGUCCGUAUGACAGGUCUUGCUAUAGGCUAUGGGUGUUUAUCCUUGCGAGACUUCAGCAAGUCGAAGAUGCAAAACCCCUUCCCACCGACGAAUUACUGGAGAGCACUGAGCUACUUUGCGAACACGCCGCCGGCCCAAUUGCAACCAACACAUUUCAUCGUCCUUAGAGCACUGGUGGAAACACAUGUUGAAAAGUUCUUGAAAUACUACGGGCAUGCGGGUAUCGUGGCGUUGAGAAGGGUACUGGUGGAGCUUCCGAAGAACGCGCCCAAGAGUGCAGCCAAAGAGACAGUGGAAGUCCUUCCUCGUACUCUACAGGCGAGGAUACAUCUGACGUUGUAAUGCUAGAGAUGGAUGUCUGCAGGAAGUUGGGAUGAAGUAAAUAAUAUAGCCAACUGAGCUUUCUUGUCCAUCUAUGCAUAACUUUGUCUUAUCCAAC